CUGUGGAGCGGAACAACCUGAUGAGGCUGUCUCAGAGCAUCCCCUUCACCCCGGUGCACCCAAGAGGGGAGCCGGUGACUGUGUACCGACUGGAGGAGAGCUCUCCCAACACCAUCAACAACAGCAUGUCCUCCUGGUCCCAGCAGGGCUUCUGCGCCAAAAUCGAGUUCCUCAGCAAAGAGGAGAUGGGCGGAGGACUGAGACGGGCCCUCAAAGUGCUCUGCACCUGGUCUGAGUACGACAUCCUGAAGUCAGGACAUCUGUACAUCGUCAAGUCCUUCCUUCCUGAGGUGGUCCAGACGUGGCAGACCAUCUACAAGGAGGACACCGUGCUGCAUCUUUGUCUCAGGGAAAUUCAGCAGCAGCGGGCCGCUCAGAAGCUGACAUUUGCCUUCAACCAAAUCAGGCCAAAGACGAUUCCCUACUCUCCGAGGUUCCUCGAAGUGUUUCUGUUGUACUGCCACUCAGCCGGGCAGUGGUUCGCCAUAGAGGAGUGCAUCACCGGCGAGUUUCGCAAGUUCAACAACAACAACGGAGAGGAGAUCAUUCCCACCAACCUCCUGGAGGAAACCAUGCUGGCCUUCAGCCACUGGACCUACGAGUACACCCGAGGAGAGCUGCUGGUGCUGGACCUGCAGGGUGUGGGGGAGGUGCUGACGGAUCCGUCCGUCAUAAAGAGUGGAGAGAAGGGGUCCUACGACAUGAUCUUUGGACCCGCCAACCUCGGAGAUGACGCCAUCAGAAACUUUCGCGCAAAACACCACUGCAACUCCUGCUGUCGGAAGCUGAAACUUCCUGAUCUGAAGAGGAACGAGUACACGCCAGAUAAGGUGACGUUUCCACACGAAGACCCACCCAACCCGGGGGGCGGAGUCAAAGAGUCCCGUCAAUCAAUGAAACUGAUGCUGUGAUCAGAACGACUGCGUGAGUGUGUGWGAGAGAAAAUGUGUGUGUUCUGGUCAGUUUUUACUCGGAGCCAAGAAGCAGGAAGUUGCACUCGAUCACCGGCGUGUUUCAAUGGAAACCAGACUGUCGUGUUUCUGUCUGUCUCACUAAAUCACUAUCGAGRGCAAACCAACCUUUUUUUUUCCAGAACAAACUUUGGGAGGGGAGAGGGUUUUUAAAAGAUUUUAUACAAGUUUCUGAACAUACAUGUAGAUGAACUGGAUCUAUGAGCAGGUACAGUGUCAGAACACAAGUUUAUUUAUUAAGUUUGAACAAGUUGCCUUGUUUUACCAAAAAAACAAAACAAAAAAAAAAUCAAGUGCAUUGUAGAUGUUACAGCUGAGACUGAGUCACUGCAACAAUGCAAUUUGCCACCAUGUUUUUAACAUUUAAACAAAUUGUAUCAUACUUGUUUUUGUCUUUUUAGCUAAAAAGAAAACCCAUGAAUUUAAAAAAAUCUUGUAAAUUAUGGGCAGAUCGCAAUGCAGCUUUUACAGAUAAAUGUAUGUAAUUUUAUUGUAUUGAACGUGUGUCCAGCAGAACAUGGCUGAUUAUUAUUUUUUUUCUUGUUACAAAGGUACUAUUACUUUAUCUUUGUCAUCAGCUGUUGUUUGAGCAAAUUCCAGUCCAAUGUAUCUUAUAGAUACUUACGUGGCAUGAGCUGAACAGAUUGAACUAUUUUAUUCAGGGGAAACGACAAACAUAAGGGUAUUACUGUAUACAUUUUGUACUGAGUAUCAUUUUAAACAAAUAAAAAGUGGAACUUCA